GAGGGUACAAGAUCAUUUCCCUCCCCAGAAUCUGCGUGAGAUCGAUAUUGUCCUCGUUGUGAACAAAACUAUAUUCGCCUGUAAACCCUCCAAUUCUUGAGCUGAUUAGCUUCAUUUUAUAAGCAUUUGCUGAGCUGAAUGCUGAUCCACAGAAAAUGAAAGUGCCGUUAACUACUCAGUUAUUUACAUGGUUUGCGUUGCUGUUGGCCGCCUCGUUUCGUGGUGCGGCCGCAAAGAGCGUCCUUGCAGGUACCCAUUCCAGCACUGCAAAUGAAACAGUUAGCUGAUGCUGGGUCGUGUAUGGCACGAGUUCUUCGCCUUCUACCAUCAACCGCUCUCCGUCUCAGCAUCCAGGACACAGAGACUCUGCUAAUUGGUCCACGUCAGGUCCACUCCGGCAGUCUUCACACAGAUUCACUUUCUGCUCUGUUAGGUGGACGACAGAAUUCUGAUUUUCUGCAACAGUGUCUUCGCGGUCAGCUUGAGCAAUGCCGUCGCAAAAGCCACCCAUGUAGCGAUGCUGGAAAGUGCGCUUUCACACAUUCUCCACAAGGGAGUGGAGCGUACAUUUGCCACUGCGACGAUGGACAUACAGGAACGUUUUGUCAGAUAGUACUGCCAACCUGUUCUGGUAAUCCAUGUCAGAACGGUGCAACAUGUCAACAGAGAGGAUCAUCAUUUCAUUGUCACUGUCCACCACUGUAUACUGGAAAACGUUGUGAGGAAAAGUGGUUGGACGUAGCUAAGUUUAAACAGCAAUCCAACACAUUGCAUCAAGUCAGUGAAGAUGUUCAACAACUGAGACAUGAACUGCAAACUGGAAGACAAGACGAUACCAAUCGUACGUAUACGUUUCUUCAACACCUGGAGAAGCGAGUCCUUAAAAACGUCAACUCCACUAUGGCUCAUCUGUCAUCCGAGGUUGCCUCACUUGUGAGUUCAUGA